UCGUGAAACAGCGCUUACUUCCGGCGCUACAGCGAUGUCUGGUCCUCCCUAGACAAUGUCCGACGUAACCCAACCAAGACGUGCUUCCUGCUAGAUUGACGUCAGCAAUAACCAAUGCAGGAGGCCGGGUGGAAUUUCCUGUAUAGUACUGUAAUAUGGCGAAGACGUACGAUUAUUUGUUUAAACUGCUACUGAUCGGGGAUUCGGGAGUUGGAAAGACUUGUGUGCUGUUCCGAUUCUCAGAAGAUGCCUUCAACUCCACAUUUAUAUCCACAAUAGGUAUUGAUUUUAAAAUUAGAACAAUAGAACUAGAGGGCAAGAAAAUUAAACUACAGAUAUGGGACACGGCAGGGCAGGAGAGAUUUCGAACAAUCACAACGGCAUACUACAGAGGGGCAAUGGGAAUCAUGUUGGUAUAUGAUAUCACAAAUGAGAAAUCGUUUGAAAAUAUCAAGAACUGGAUACGAAAUAUAGAAGAGCAUGCUUCAGCCGAUGUCGAAAAGAUGAUACUUGGGAAUAAGUGUGACGUAAAUGAGAAAAGGCAAGUUUCAAAAGAACGAGGCGAGAAGUUAGCAUUGGACUACCAAAUUAAAUUUAUGGAAACCAGUGCAAAGGCAAACAUCAAUGUGGAAAACGCAUUCAUUACACUGGCCAAAGACAUCAAAGCAAAAAUGGACAAAAAAAUGGAGGGAAGCAGUCCACCAGGUAGCAACCAGGGUGUUAAGAUCACGUCUGACCAACAGAAAAAAAGCAGCUUUUUCCGAUGUGCUCUUCUUUGAGGGACACUGCCUUAAUUCAAGCAGCAGCUUGAGUGAUGUAGGACUGCACCUAUUUUGAGAGUGCUUCUUCUAUACAUGUGUGUGCACUCUUACUUUCCAGCAAGCCCUGCCUCAUUUGGAGUGGUACAGAGAGGUUAAACCCACGGGUUUUUUCACUUUGUUUAGUAACCGUCUUACCUUGUUCAGCCUUGGAGAUGGAACAAGUACAGAUUAACAUAUUCUUCUGCGCUUCUGUGUCUUGUAACAGCCCUGCAGUUUCUAGUCAUAUGGAGACAUCAGUCAGAAAUUAUUUGUACCUUGUGACAAUCAUCUCUGGUUUUUCUUAAGUUUGGGAUGUCUGUGAAGUAAGAUUUUUUCUCAGAGAAGGGCAGAAUUAAUUUAAAAUGGUAAAAGUAUUGUUGAAUUUUUAUGUAAUGCAUAAGAAAACAUUCCAUGGUGUAAAUCCGGAAAAAAAUGAACAUUUAGUAUUUUCCAUUAUUCUGAUUAGCCUGUGGAGUAAAAAUUGAAAGCGGUGUAAAAAAAAUGUCUACAGAGCUGCCUGUACAGUUUUAACUUUGUAUCUAAAGUGAGCCAGUUUGGUAAGGUAUUCUGUAAUUAGCUGACAAACAUAUCUGGUGUUCCCUGCCGCCCACUGGAAUCAUAAUGGUCUGCUAUGUUUACACUGAACUGUGCACUUCAAGGGAAAAAAUAUAUAUAAAUAAAUUAAAGCUGUUUUAUUAAAGCUGAACAAUUUUUAUGCUUAUUGGUGUUUAAAGUACCAUUUUGUAUAGUACAGUUUUUCAGAUGAAGAACCUGGCCCACCAAAAUUAAGCCGUUUUAUUCCUUUCAUUUCUACAGAUUGGUCACUAGUUAUCUAACCUGCAGUGUUGGUCAUUUCUUGCUUAACUGUUCCGUACACAAACUGCUUUAAUUUUAGCCACAGCUUACUGUUCCCACUGGUAGAGUUCUCAGCAAAAGGAAAACCCGAGAUGAAUGUUGUGAUUCAGAAACAGUAGAGUACUCUAUGAACAGAAAGAUGCAAUAAAUUAGUUUGUAACACGGAGAUCUGCCACUUUAAAAAGUUGUCCAACACUGAAUGUAAAGCCAUGGCGAUGUCUGCAUUUGUAAGCACUGACCGACUUUACAGCUUCAAACCAAAUGCAAGAAAUAGUAAUAGCUGUUGUCACCCAACUUUUGUCAUAGUUUAAAAAAAUGUUCCAGGCAACAGCUUAGUUGUGCAGACUUUUGUUUGCUUUGAGUCCCAGGAGAAAAAAAAACUCUGGUAUUUCUUGCAUAGUGCAAGUGACCUUUCUUACAUUUAAUUUCCACCCAGAAAUGCAUCAAAAAAUGUUGAAUGGGAUCAAAAUUGUAUUGUAUUGCUGUUGCUAGAUUUCAGGAGGGAGUGUCCUAAUCACUUCAAAAGGACAGCUGCAAGGGUGUGUUGUGAAAGUAGGGAAAUCAUGUGCACAUAUUUUGGAAUGUUUAAAGCUUUAAGUGCACAUAGUAAUACAGAUAGCCCCUUUCCUCCUGAUACUCACCCAUUUUUGCUGUGUACAUAAAUGCUGUUCCCAUGAUUCAGUGCAUAUACCACAUGACUUGCUGAGUUAUUUAUAGAUUGUAAAAUGUGGGUGCUCUGGGGUGUAAAUCACAAAAUGUGGAUGCUGUCUGGGGUGUGUCUGAAAUUAGAUUGCAAAAAGAGACAUACUCUUGAUUUUUGAGCCAGAUUAUAAUUUCUUUUCUUCUGUAUUCUGACAAUGGUAAAGUUAUAAAUUUGGUACCCUUGAGGUUUUGGUUAUAUAAAUUUGUUGUAUGUUUGUAAUGAUAAAAUAAAUGCUAGUCUUCAAAUAAAAUGUUUGUUUAAAACUGUUAACUGAAGAAAAAUAAAAUAUCUGUGCACAAUU